AUGAGGUUGUUGCGUGACGUUAGGAAAUUUGAGCCCGAUGGUGAUAGCAAAUUUAUGCGCUUUAUUUGGGUUAGCUAUUUCCAUUGCUCAGGAAAGAGUGUGCAUACCUACGGGUACUCGUACUCUGGAGCAGAUCAAGUUGGCUCUCUUGCGUAUCGUUUAGUUUUGCCUCCAGUUUUAUCUAGGAUACAUAUUGUGUUUCAUGUAUCCAUGCUUCGCAAGGAUAUUGCGGAUCCUUCUCAUGUGUUGCAAGAGCAGCCGAAUUGUUUGAAGAAAGAUCUGACUUAUGAAGAGGAUCUGACUUAUGAAGAGGAGCCAGUUCAGAUUUUGGACCGAAAGGAGCAAGUGUUGAGGAACAAGAUAAUCUCACUUGUCAAGGUGCUUUGGAGAAGUUAUCAAGUAGAGGAAGCUACCUGGGAGUUAGAGGAGCAAAGGAGGCAGCAAUAUCCCUACCUCUUUGGUUGUCAUGUAUGUAAAUUUCAAGGAUGA